AUGGUUGUCGUCUAUCAUCCGCAGCUUUCAUCUAUUUCCAUCAUCUCUUACAUUAUGCCUCUGUUUCGUUCGAAGAAGAAGAAGUCAGCGCAGGCCGCAACACUCGCAGCUCAGGUCACGGCUCCAGCGACGUACCCCGACAACAUCGUCAGACCCGGCCUUGGAAAACUAACAACAGGAGCCCAACAGCCAGUCAACAACUCGCAUGACGUCGCUCAGCACGCAAGAACAUCUCCCCAGCCAGUGUACCAGACUAUCGACGCCAGUAGAUAUGAGAUCAGACUGCUGGAAGUCUUACCUGGUGCAUACCCACAACCUAUCAAAUGUGUCCUGAGGCCGGUGUCUCUGCUUGCUGCCACCGUACCGCAAUACGAAACAGUCUCUUACUGCUGGGGGCAGUCGCAACGAUGCUUUCCCAUCAACCUCAACGAUCGACGUCGGCUUAUCGAGAACAGCGCUGGCUGUGUCCUUCACCGUGUUCAGCUACCGCACCAAAGCAGACUGAUCUGGAUAGAUGCAGUCUGCAUCAACCAGGACGACGACCGCGAGAAAGGCCAGCAAGUCAGUAUCAUGGGUGACAUCUAUCGAUGCUCCAAGCAAAAUAUCGUGUAUUUUGGCAUGGUCAAUAAGUUUGCGCGGGCGGUCCAGGCAACUUUACAAGCUGUUUUGAGCGACAUGAAGAAGAAUAUCCCGAAAGAUACCACAUUGUUUGAACUCACGCACUUAAGUGGACCUUCUGAACAGCAUAGGAUGCCUCAAAAUGGUAGGCUCAUGGAUCCCGACAUCAAUCUGAGACCACUGGAGGCUCUGUACUCUGACCCGUGGUUCGGCAGGAUCUGGGUUGUCCAAGAAGUAGCACUAGCACCGACCAGCAUCUGUUACUACGGCGACGCCGAGUUCUUGCUCGCUGAUGUACUCAGAGUCGCCGUGUGGCUCAUAUGGCACCAAGGCAUGAGAUGGCCUCAUACGACGAUAUCGAAGCAGGGCCUGAACCGUGCCUUCAGUAUCUGGUACUUCGCCGACCACGAUCCUUCACUCAAGAGCCAAUACCAGAUGAUGACACGGACUCUCACAACUAUAUGCCUUGCGCUCGAGACCCAUGAAGCGACCAACCCAAAGGACAAAAUCUAUGCGCUGCUGGGCCUGCAUGCGCGUUGGAAGCCGGGUUUGUGGCAGGCAAUCAUGCCACGAUACGACAAGACUGUCUCAGUAAGUGACGUCUAUCGAGAUGCUACUAGGACUAUGAUACAGGAAGCGAUGUCUCUGGAGAUCCUACAGUACCGAUGCCCGCGCGCUGAACAUCCACUACUGCCCACCACACCUUCCUGGGUCAUCGAUUUCACUCGCCUGAGUGGCAAAGGCAUCAGACCACGCCGUCUAGGCUUGCGCUUUACAGCAGACGAUGGACGUGGUAUCAAAGAGUGCACGAUCCUCGCACCACAAGGCUUACCAGUGCUGCCCUUGGUAGGGUUCACCCUCGAUCGCGUAAAGUCCCGGACCCGUACCAUCGCAGACACGGAAAGUGUGUACGUCCCCGAAUUGGCCGAUAUCCUUGCGCUGUCACAAUCGCUUCGACUGCCAUAUCGAGAUCUUUCGCAGCAACUCGCCAGAACACUGGUCGCAGAUCACGACUCGAAUGGCAUUGCUCCAGGCCCUCGGGCGCAGGAAGCGUACUCUGCGUUUCUAAGUCUUUGCAACGACAGCAUGUCCCUCCUGAUAAAGUCUGCCAAUAGUAUGCCUUCAAGGACUAAGAAAGAGCAGGUCGACCUGGGCGGUCGUUACCUGCAAUCAUUCCUACUAGCAUGUGUUGGGCGAUGCUUCUUCGUGACCAACGGGGGGUUGAUGGGCAUCGGGCCUGAGAAUCUUGUGGAGGGCGACAGGGUCGCGAUACUAUACGGUGGGAGAGUACCGUUUGUCAUGAGUACCAGAGGGUCACUUGGGCGCGGCGAGUAUCGUCUGCUCGGGGAAUGCUAUGUGGACGGCGUCAUGCAAGGACAGGGGAUGCGAAAGCACAAGGCAGCUGGAAAUUGGGAUGAAGUGUUCCAUGUCGUAUGA